GAAGAUGUUCAUAUUCCCAGUAGGCGAGUUUUGAUCACUGGCGCUACAGGACUUCUUGGCAGAGCCAUGUUCAAAGAAUUCAAUGAAAACAAUUGGAAUGCAGUUGGCUGCGGGUACAGGAGAGCUCGGCCCAGAUUUGAACAGGUUAAUCUUCUGGACUCGGUUGCGGUUCAUGACACUAUCCAUGAUUUUCAGCCUCAUGUUAUAGUGCACUGUGCUGCUGAGAGGAGGCCAGAUGUCGUAGAAAGUCAACCAGAUGCUGCUUCUCAGCUCAACGUGGCUGCUUCGGGGAACUUGGCAAAGGAGGCAGCUGGAGUUGGAGCAUUUCUGAUCUACAUCAGUACAGACUACGUGUUCGAUGGAACAAGCCCUCCUUAUAAAGAGACUGACGCGCCAAAUCCCCUGAAUUUAUAUGGUAAAACCAAACUGGAGGGCGAAAAGGCCGUUCUGGAAAACAACGAAGGUGCUGCAGUACUUAGGAUUCCCGUCUUGUACGGAGAGGUGGAAAGGCUGGAGGAAAGCGCGGUGACUGUCAUGUUUGACAAAGUGCAGUUCAGUAAUAAAUCUGCCAACAUGGACCACUGGCAGCAAAGGUUUCCUACGAAUGUCAAGGAUGUAGCAACUGUUUGCAGACAGCUGGCAGAGAAGAGAAUGCUGGACCCGUCAGUAAAAGGAACAUUUCACUGGUCUGGCAAUGAGCAGAUGACAAAGUAUGAGAUGGCGUGUGCGAUCGCUGAUGCUUUCAACCUUCCCAGCAGCCACCUGAGACCAAUUACCGACUGUCCCGUUGUGGGUGCUCUGCGUCCGAGGAACGCUCAGCUGGACUGCUCCAGGCUGGAGAUGCUGGGGAUAGGUCAGAGAACACCGUUUCGAGCUGGGAUCAAAGAAUCACUUUGGCCUUUCCUUGUCGACAAGAGAUGGCGGCAGACAGUCUUCCAUUAGUUUGUAACUUUUUUAGUAAAAGUAUGGUAUGCGGCACUUUUUUAAAAGAAAAAAAAUAGUUUUGUAUGAGUGUUCUCCAAUUGUGACAUUUAUGAGUUUUCAUUUAAUCAGGUAAACGUAUGGUCUUGCACUAGUGAAAUUGUCAGCCUGCAAAACGGUGGGUCACACAGCCUGAGCCCGUUUGGUGUCCUGGAUCUUUCCUUCCGUUCAGACCAGUCUCACUUACACGGCUGUUCCCGGCGGAUUGUGGUUCUUAGUCCUGGGCACCCCUGGCUGCUGGGAAUGGUUCAGAUCAC